CAAAAUUUCCUUUCUUUCUUUGUAUGUUUAUUACUAACCAAAAACCACCUUAUGAUAAAAAUCUAACCGAAAAGUUAUAGGUAAAUUAAUUCAGAAUUUAUCUUUUAUGAGAUCCGUUUGCGCGUGAUUGCCUGCUUCGUUAAAGCUCUUUGUUGUCACUGUCUUGCUCCUGAAAAAAUGCAACCGUAGGAUUUGGUGCGUUGGUCUUGGCUCAGCGGCUCUCCGCACAAAUCGGUUCAAUCUGGGAACUUUGUCAGCGACUUCCUAUUUCUCGCGAUGGUGCACAACAUUUUGACGUGUAUUCUUGAUCGUAACGCAUUCGUGCUGCAUGUGUCGUUUCAGGUAUGCAUUAGCGGGAUCCCUCUGGUACCACGAGCAACUAGUCCUGCAAAAUAUGUUUGUCCUGUUCUGGAAGAGGCUUGCUGCUUGUGCGUCAAAAAGCAACAUACACUGCCAUUACACAUACAGGAUGUAGCAGAGGACAAUUCCUCCUGGUUCCACGCACUCGAAACCUCGUCGCGAACAGCAACCGAAGUCGCCACUUCUGAUGCCGUGGUCGCUGUCGGCAUGGGCUGUCGCGCAACUGUACAGCUUUACGAAUUGGCGGCACGCAGCAAGGGGUGUGUUGCUCGAUUCACAUUGCCGCAUGCCACCGGUUCAAUCGAAGCAUGUGCCUUCCCACAGUCGAUCACACAACCUCCACCAAACUCUUCCGAAGCAAUGGACGUCGACGCAGAGCACCAAACAUGCGCUUUUCUCGAGUAUGGACUGUACGCGGGUGGUCAAAACGGUGAACUGGCCGGUUGGGACCUACGAUAUCCACUGCGGCCGUUGAUGCAAAUAUCAGAUGAAAAGGGAGCAGUCCACCAGAUCAAAGCGUUCGCUUCGCCUAACGGAAGUCAAGUGUUGUUGCUAGUCGGCAGAAGUGAUGGGCGAGUGGUCGUAUACUCCUACAACCCGUCUGUGGGCAAUUCGGACAAAUUAACGACACUGGAGGAUCCGUCUGCGUUCUCACAGUCCACUUUGGAACUCACGGGAAUUAACUGUGAGCCGGUUCGUGGUCUCGUCGGCCUUCCACUCUUUCGUGGAACCAACCUGAGCAUAUGGACUGCUUCUCUCGGUGGGGUCUUCCGUCACUACAAAAAACUCGCAACAGAUUUGGCCUUUGGUUGA